AUGACACACUUGGAGCAGAGAUUAGGACUCAAUGAGGACCUUGAGAUUAUUGAAGAUGCGAUAAGUCAAAGAUUACAGCGCAAUCCAGAGCUUUAUUACUCGAGUUUGGAUAAAUUGCAAUCGCUUUGUCAUACCAAAGUUCAUCUACCACCUUCAAAACAAAUGGUUAGUAAUAAAAUAUACAGGACUAGCAAGCCUCAUAGGUCAUCGAAACAAGUGCAGGCUCAAAUGCAUGAAAUGAGGUUAUUUCUAGAUGAUUAUUAUAGAAAAUUAAGUGAAUUGAACAAAAUUUCCAAAUUACCACAAAAUGAAAGUUCAAAUGAAGAUAAAUUAGAACAAUUGAAAUUACAGAUAGAUAAUAUUCAAUCGAAUGAUAAAUUGGUAUCAAACUUGGAGCCGAAGACCAAGGAGUAUGCGAUGAAGUCGGGACCCACUACUAUUUUGUCCGUUAGAGCAGCAGGUUUACAUAUCAAUGAUAUCUUCAAUCGAGAAGAACAAUAUGGUGAGUAUAUGGACUUAGAACCCUUACAUUCAGAAUGGGUACAGGCCAGUAAAAAUACAGAAUGUACUUUGCUUCAAUAUUUAUCGCAAUUUGAAUGUUUCAUGGAUAAGGAAGAAUAUUUAAAGAAACCACCCAUGGAUCGUAAGAGCUCCAGAUAUAUGGAUUUCGUGAAAAAAUUAUCAUUAUACAUCGAGGGUUUCUUCCACAGAAAAUAUUGUAUUAUAGAUAAGACUGUAGCAACCAGUCAUUUGCAACAUGAUUUUAAAGAUUACAUAAGCAAACCUUUGGACCCCAAUGAUACACGGUUAUUUUGUGUUGUUUGUUCGAAACAUUUCAAAGGUGAAGCUGUGUUUGAAAACCAUACAAAGGGAAAACCACAUCUGAAACAAUUGAAUAAAAGAUCAGAAGAAUUAUUCGCAGAGUAUAAAUUACACAAAUAUUUAUCGUUACUUCGUGAUGAAUUCACUAGCACCAAAACUCUCAUUGAAAGAAAACAAGCAUUUACUGCUCAAGAACGAAUGGAAGAAAUUCAAGAACUUGAUAGCACUUAUAAUGCACCUACCUGUACACCAGAUGAUGAUGAUAAUGAUGAAGAAGAAGAUUCUCAAGGUACAAAUAGUACUUCAACGGCUGCACUUGGAAUGCCCGUGGGGCCAGAUGGUGUGCCAAUGCCCUUCUGGUUGUACAAGUUACAAGGCCUUGACGUUAACUACACAUGUGAAAUUUGUGGUAACGAAUCCUUCCAAGGUAGACGUCAGUUCUUACGUCAUUUCCAUGAUCCGAAGCACCAAUACAGAUUACGUUGUCUUGGGAUUGAACCAUCUGCUACAUUCAACGGUAUUGCCACGAUUCACGAGGCUCAAGAACUGCAAAACUCACUAGCUAAUACGACAACCAAUACAACCACAAACAUAACAAUAGCCAAUACUACUUCUGUCGAGGAAGUAGAGGACCGUGAGGGCAACGUCUUGUCUCAUGAAGAUUUCCUGGAGUUGCAACGUCAAGGUCUGUUGUAG